UUCCCCACUGCAGAGCAGAAGCUGCAUCACUAGGGGGUGGGGGGAUGGGGGGCAGGGCUGGCAAACAGGGACCACCAGCCAAAGGCUCCUGACUCUUCCCUUGCUCUGCCACAUCUGACCCGACCCCAGUGGACCAAGAGAGAGGCAGCAUCGUCGCUCACAGGUGCCCAUUUUAAAAUGCAAUACUAAAGACUUGUGACUGGGAGGGCUCCAUAAGGUCGGCUCUACAGCUGCGGCUCGAGGGACAGAAGCUGGACCCGUUGGGGCACAGCCCCUGCUCAUGGUACCCAGACGUCCUGGCUAUGGCACCAUGGGCAAACCCAUUAAGCUGCUGGCCAACUGCUUCCAAGUUGAAAUCCCAAAGAUUGAUGUCUAUCUCUAUGAGGUAGAUAUUAAACCAGACAAAUGUCCUAGGAGGGUAAACAGGGAAGUGGUUGAUUCAAUGGUUCAGCAUUUUAAGGUAACAAUAUUCGGAGACCGGAGACCAGUUUAUGAUGGGAAAAGAAGCCUUUAUACAGCCAAUCCACUUCCUGUAGCAACUACUGGGGUGGAUUUGGAUGUUACCUUGCCUGGAGAAGGUGGAAAAGAUCGUCCUUUCAAGGUGUCAAUAAAAUUUGUAUCUCGGGUGAGCUGGCAUCUGCUGCAUGAAGUUCUGACAGGACGGGCUUUACCUGAGCCUAUAGAACUAGACAAACCAAUCAGCACUAACCCUGUUCAUGCUGUCGAUGUGGUGCUACGACAUCUACCCUCCAUGAAGUAUACCCCUGUGGGCCGUUCCUUUUUUUCUGCUCCUGAAGGAUAUGAUCACCCUCUGGGAGGAGGCAGGGAAGUAUGGUUUGGAUUCCAUCAAUCUGUUCGACCUGCCAUGUGGAAAAUGAUGCUUAAUAUUGAUGUUUCUGCCACUGCCUUCUACAAAGCACAACCUGUAAUUCAGUUCAUGUGUGAAGUCCUUGACAUUCAUAAUAUUGAUGAACAACCAAGACCUCUGACUGAUUCUCAUCGGGUAAAAUUCACCAAAGAGAUAAAGGGUCUGAAGGUUGAAGUGACUCAUUGUGGAACAAUGAGGCGGAAAUAUCGUGUUUGUAAUGUAACAAGGAGACCUGCCAGUCAUCAAACCUUUCCUUUACAGUUAGAAAAUGGCCAGACUGUAGAAAGGACAGUAGCACAAUAUUUCAGAGAGAAGUACAACCUCCAGCUGAAGUAUCCUCACCUUCCCUGUCUUCAAGUGGGACAGGAGCAGAAGCAUACUUACCUGCCUCUGGAAGUCUGUAAUAUUGUGGCAGGACAACGGUGCAUUAAGAAGCUGACUGACAAUCAAACAUCCACCAUGAUCAAGGCAACCGCAAGAUCUGCUCCUGAUAGACAAGAAGAAAUUAGCAGAUUGGUGAGAAGUGCAAAUUAUGAUGCUGAUCCAUUUGUUCAGGAAUUUCAGUUUAAAGUUCGGGAUGAAAUGGCCCGUGUAACGGGACGUGUACUCCCCGCUCCUAUGCUGCAGUAUGGAGGACGGAAUCGAACAGUAGCAACUCCAAGCCAUGGAGUAUGGGACAUGCGAGGGAAACAGUUCCACACAGGUGUUGAGAUCAAAAUGUGGGCUAUAGCUUGUUUUGCUACUCAGAGACAGUGCCGAGAAGAAAUAUUGAAGGGUUUCACAGACCAGCUCCGUAAGAUUUCCAAGGAUGCAGGGAUGCCCAUCCAGGGCCAGCCUUGUUUCUGCAAAUAUGCGCAAGGUGCAGACAGUGUGGAGCCCAUGUUCCGGCAUCUCAAGAACACCUACUCGGGACUGCAGCUUAUCAUUGUUAUUCUGCCUGGGAAGACACCUGUGUAUGCGGAAGUGAAGAGAGUAGGAGACACACUUUUGGGGAUGGCUACUCAGUGUGUUCAAGUGAAGAAUGUUAUAAAAACAUCUCCUCAAACCCUCUCAAACCUGUGCCUAAAGAUUAAUGUUAAACUAGGAGGAAUCAAUAAUAUCCUUGUACCUCAUCAAAGACCUUCUGUGUUCCAACAACCAGUGAUCUUUUUGGGAGCAGAUGUCACUCAUCCACCUGCUGGUGAUGGGAAGAAACCUUCGAUUGCUGCUGUUGUAGGCAGUAUGGAUGCCCACCCAAGCAGGUAUUGUGCCACAGUAAGAGUUCAAAGACCCCGACAGGAGAUCAUCCAAGAUUUGGCCUCCAUGGUCAGGGAACUUCUCAUCCAGUUCUAUAAGUCAACUCGAUUCAAGCCCACUCGCAUCAUCUUUUAUCGGGAUGGUGUUUCUGAGGGCCAGUUUCGGCAGGUAUUAUAUUAUGAGCUGCUUGCAAUUCGAGAAGCCUGCAUCAGCUUAGAGAAGGACUACCAGCCUGGCAUCACCUACAUUGUGGUGCAGAAACGCCACCACACACGGCUGUUUUGUGCUGACAGAACCGAAAGGGUUGGAAGAAGUGGAAACAUCCCAGCUGGAACAACAGUAGACACGGAUAUUACCCACCCCUAUGAGUUUGAUUUUUACCUCUGUAGUCAUGCUGGAAUACAGGGUACCAGCCGUCCCUCACACUAUCACGUUUUGUGGGAUGAUAACUGUUUUACUGCGGAUGAACUUCAGCUGCUGACUUACCAACUCUGCCAUACAUAUGUGCGUUGUACUAGAUCUGUUUCGAUACCUGCACCAGCGUAUUAUGCUCACCUGGUAGCAUUCAGAGCCAGAUACCAUCUUGUGGACAAAGAACAUGACAGUGCUGAAGGAAGUCAUGUUUCAGGACAGAGCAAUGGUAGAGACCCACAAGCUCUCGCCAAGGCUGUACAGAUUCACCAAGACACCUUACGCACAAUGUACUUUGCUUAAAAAAAGGAGUCCAAGUGUACUCACUGAGGAAAAAACUGAAAAUGAAUUCACAUACAAUGUAUGUUUCCAGUGGGGUCAGUUGAAUGGGCAUGCAUACCUCCAGCCACAGGGAGGCCAGCCCUGUGGAGGGCCGGGGGCUGAUCCUCAAAUUGACGCACGGAACAUUGUUUACUUCAUCGAGGAACACAGCACUAUUAUGCAAUAUGAAACCAGCCAACUGCUUUUUGUGCGGUCUCCCAUAGGAAGUAUCGCAAUCCAUUUUUUUUUUCCUUGUAGUUUAAACCCUUCUAAUGCCUUUACCUCAAGUUGCUUGGCAGCACAACUAUCUUUGCAAAAAAAGAAAAAAAAAAAGAAAAGAAAAUUAUGGUUUAACAGAUAUACACCCACAGAAACAAUCAAAACGAUUGUUCAGAAGAAAUGUGCAAAAAGUUAGUGUUAUACAUGUAAAA